AUGCUACGAAAAAUUCAUUCGGUCUUUCAUCCGAAUUCCUGCAGUCGAGAUCUUCUUGAAGCAAACUCUUCAAAUAAUGGUACAGUUUCCCCAGUCCGAUUGGUUCGUAGUACAUCUAUGUACGUGGUGGGUCAUGCUAGACCGGCCUUUAGUGAGUCAUUAAAGAAAUACAAAAGUACCACCAAUAUUGACACAUCUCAUGGUGAUUGCCUAUACAAGGAUGAUGACCGAGUGUGGAUGUUUGCAAAGACUCAAUAUUUUUUGCAGUAUCUUCAGGAUCUGUUAGCUCUCAGAAAGAAAUAUCUAACUAGUCUGCAUACUUUGAGAUCUAUGACCACAAACUCUGAAUAUUCUUCUUACUCUACUACAUCUUCCGAAGAAGUUAAGAAACCGUCAGCGCGACAGCCUAGAGAUUGUAAGGUGACCAAGGAAAAUCCAAGACAAAAUCAAAAUUCGGAAAUCUCAGAUGCAAUAGCAUAUUUUGAUUCCGUUAUUGCAGAAUUGGACUCAGAAAGAGGAAUAAGAGAACCAAGAAGUAUAUUCAGCAAUGCAGAUGUUGACUUUGAUGUGGCCACGAGUAGCAGAGAACAUAGUCUACAUUCAAACUGGAUACUGCGGGUUCCAAGUAGGACCAACUAUGAAGUCUCAAAAGUAGAGGCUGCACACUGUCAGAAAUGGAGAAAAAGCAACGGGACAACAAGCUACAAGAGAAUAGAGAGGCAUCCGAUCUACUUACCAAAAGCCGUAGAAGGAGCAUUUAACACCUUGAGAUUUAACCCUGCAUGCAAACUCAAAUAAAUCACUAUAUGGCAGGUUAAGGGUACUCUGCAGAGAAAUGUAGCAGAAAACAAGGAUUACA